AUGGAGGAUUUGAAAAAGGAAAACGAAUUACUUCGUAAACGAGUUGCUGAACUAGAACAACAACUUUAUGCUAAAGCACCUACUGCACUCACACCUCAGCAGAAAGCCGAUCCUUUUGAAAAAGUAGACAAACUAACUAAUCAAGAAAUUUAUCGAUUUGGACGUCAAUUAGUAACACCCAACUUUGGCUAUGAAGGCAAGACUAAACCAUUUAUUUUAGCUCAAUUAAAGCUACGCAACACUUCCUUUCUGAUUGUUGGUGCAGGUGGAUUGGGAGCACCUGCUGCGCUCUAUUUGGGAGCAGGCGGUGUCGGUCGAUUAGGCAUAGUAGAUCAUGAUGAAGUGGAUAUCAACAACUUGCAUCGGCAGGUUAUUCAUACUGAAGCACGUAAAGGGAUGAAUAAGGCAGUAUCUGCUGCUGUUGCAGUCAAGGCUAUAUAUCCUGAUGCUGAUGUUAUUCCUUAUGCAUAUACGCUGGAUAGAACAAAUGCUUUGGAUCUUAUCAAACGGUAUGACAUCAUUAUUGAUGCUACAGAUAAUAUCACUACUCGCUACUUGCUCAGUGAUGCUGGUGUACUUGCUGGUAAACCAGUUGUUUCGGGCAGUGCCUUGAGAACAGAUGGACAGCUUACUAUCUACAAUUAUAACAAUGGACCAUGUUUCCGUUGUCUACAUCCAAUUCCACCACCUGCAGCUGCUGUUGGUAAAUGUGUAGACAAUGGUGUUGUUGGCGUAGAAUCUCAUCUCUCUACAGUACCAGGUGUCAUUGGCAUUCUACAAGCACUUGAGGCCAUCAAAGUAGCAAUAGGCUCAACAGCUUUGAAUGAUCCAAGCUUUUUGAUUUUUAGUGCAAUGAGUAAUCCGAUGUUUAGAACAAUGCGUCUUCGCCAAAAGAAGAAGGACUGUGCUAUCUGCGGAGAGAACCCAACGAUUACGGAAUUAAUUGACUAUGUUCAAUUUUGCCAAGGCGAAGCGAACGAUGAUGUUGUUAGUGAGCAUUUAUUGAAAAGAGAAGAACGUAUUGAUGUGGACGUAAGAGAAUAUGAUGAUAUACUAAAAAAUAAGCGCCCACACGUUCUACUUGAUGUUCGACCCAAAGUUCAGUAUGACAUCUGUCAUUUGCCCAACAGUAUUCAUAUCCCUAUUGAUGAAUUAGAUAACAAGAUGGACAAAGUAAAGGAGGCAAUGAAAGAACACGAAGUGACUGAUAAAGAUGUGUAUGUUAUCUGUAGACUAGGCAAUGAUUCACAGAUAGCAGUGAGAAUGAUGCAAAAGAAAGGAAUUGAACAGCCAAAGGAUAUCAUUGGAGGUUUAUAUAGAUGGUCUAUGAAAGUGGACAAUACUUUUCCUAUUUAUUAG